AUGGUGGCGCAUCGUGGCAAUUUGAAUUAUCAGGAUUGUCGUCGAACGUUGACUGCUGGCUUUGACAGGGAGGAACUUGACUUGUUGCGUGAUCUGGGCGCAGAUUCUAUGCCGAUGUCGUCUGGAAGCAGUGGCUCAGUCCCUGGCACUGACUUGUUGACACGACAAACAAAGAUUUUUGGAUCUGAAGCAACAGGCCAGCAGCAGCGAGUGCGCUUUAGAGUUGUCAUUACUUCCGCUUUCAUUCUUGCUAAUGAAUUUUGGACAUACCAGGGUUUGCAGUGGAUUGGCAGCUCGGAGGUCAGGCACCGUGCCCAGAAAAGAGCAGCCCAGUUUUUGACACCGUAUCUGGAUGGCCUCAUGUGCAAAAGGUUGAGUCGGACAUGUUUGGCUUUGUACCGGUUGGAGUUUGAGAGAACAGGUGCCGCCGAUGCUAAUCGAGUGGGCGAUCGAUUUUUGAGCCCGGAAUGCAGACUUCUUCAUGGAUAUGUGAAAGAAUGCGUCGUGGAAAGCAUUCGCACUGGUAUUCAAACCAGUUUUUAUACUUGCGACUACACCACCAAACCUUCCAUGACGUGUGGACCCAUGCUGAAGCAUUUGACUCAUGGGAUGAAGAAUCUGGAGGAGAAAAUGCAAGCUGAAGCCGAGCAAGAGGAAGCUCAGCGGCUUCAGCUUGCAUACCCGCUGCCGGCCGUGCGAGAAGGUCGAGGCUUGACUGCUGAGCAGCGGGAGGCCCGACGCCGCUUGUGCCGCCUUUGGACUUCAGCGAACCACGCAGUCAUGCAUGGCUUCUGUCUCAUGUCUCUCCAGCUUAUGACAGGCCGUGAAGUGUUACGGACGCACAUCUUCUGGCGCAUCAUGAUGAAGCGAGUACUUUGGGGCGUGUUUGAGGAAAUGCGCAGAAACGCUGAAAAACUCGCAGAUUCGUUUGAGCUACAGACAACCGCUGCAGUCGAGGACAUUGAGCUGCCGCCUGCAGGGACACAAGCAGCGGACACGCGGGCCACUUCUUUCUAUGAGGACUACUUGCAUCGAGGAAUCGCAGAGCCAUUAGCUUCUAUGAACUUGUAUGUCUAUGCAAUGCAUGUCAGUGCUGUGCCGUUACAGGAAGCUGGCAAGUUUGACCAUGGUGAGUUUGAUUUUUCGGAACACUAUGUCAAAGCGAAGACGCAUGUGCAGGUUCUUCAUGCGGCUCCUCGUAUUCCUUAUUUGCAUGGAAUAUCGAUGCCCACAAAACAGAAAGAUCCGGACAUGUGGGCUGCCGUACAUAUUGCCUUACUUCGAAAACAUUGCUGUGAAGAUGAGAAUGUUUGCGGUCAGGCGAGCGCUGUUCGCCAUAUUCACAUCUUCCCUGGAAAGUCGCGUGUGCGUGUGGUGUUUCCUGGCAACGAUGCUCGUAUAGUGCGAGAUUCCACUGGUGUGUUGGCGGAAUGGAAAGCUACUGAAGCCCGUGUGCAGUGCUUGGCAGACCGCGCAGAUGUUGUGGAUGUAACUGCUUUGCGCCAAUACAAAGUUCCUGGAACUGUGGAAAGCUGUGAUGUCUUGGAGUCUUUGCUGAAGAUGUUUACAGAGCCAAAUCGCCCAAAGACGCGUCGCACCUGGAAACAAGGUCGGCGCAAGCGGACAGUCUGCAGUACCGUACCGCUGGUAUCUGAAAGGAUCCUUGGAAAUAUUUUCGAUUAUGUGGGACAUUUGACGACAGAGGACGGUGAAGCUGUUUUGCUCGGGAAUAGUCCGGAACAUUUUGACACUUGUGUGUUGCAUCGACCAGACUUGGCUGCUGCAAAGCGAUGCUCUUACGGAUGGCAUAAUGAACAACUGACAGCCGCGGAAUACGUCGCCACCAUUAGCCGAGAAAUUUCCGCUAAUUUGGAUUUCAUGGCUGAAGCUCGGCGACGACCCAGACCUGGUGUUUUGCAUCCAACUGCCACCGAUGAGAAAGAAGAUGUGGGUCUACAAGGUGAAUUCGUGAAUGUAGAGGAUGUGGAUGACAUUCAAGAUCCAGAUGCAGACGAUGUGGAUCAAGACACGUCUCUUCGACCGGACAUUCAAUACAAACCGAUCUUGCAUGUGGCAUCCAAUGAUUUAUUUGACAUGGUGCAUCGCAGGAACGUGGGCUCGGGUCGGGCAAGUGCCAGCACCAAACGUUCAGAAGAAUUCUUGCGUCAAUAUGGUGGAAAAUAUUUGGAUAUGAAAGAAUCCCGUCCUUGCGCACGGGCUCCUGACACGGAUGUGCAGAGGCGUGCUACUUUCAACGUCGUUGCUGGCUUGAAGGCGCAGAAGUUUUUACAAGAAUCUCGAAAAGAAAAAGAUGAAAAGUUGAUGGACGCAUCAAAAGAUGAAUUCUUGCCCGGAAACGCUAGUCUUUUGGAAGUUCCCGUGAGCAUGGCUCCUGAGACUGAGGUACUUGUUCUCUCUCCUGCUGACAUGGCGUUGCGACUGUUGCAACAACGUCUGCCGACACGUCAGGCUGAUGGUACGUACCAAAUCUCGCCAGAUCAGUACAAGGCAUGUGUGUUGGCGAUAGCGCCCCUGCAGAAAUUAUGGGUCAAGGCGGGUGAGCAUGAUCUGCAGCAUUGUUUCGGCGCACGUGGCCGCCUUCGCGAGUUGCUGGCAUUGGUGACUCCGGACAUGAUUGCUCGAAUCUUCUUGCAUGGACCUGGUGGCUCGGGGAAAACCUAUAUGCUCACUCGAGUCAUGCUGCCUGUCUACGAACAUUUCUUGCCCAAGGCAUCCAAAGGCAUCGCAGCGCAGAACUCCGCAGCUCGCUUAAUCACAGUCCUGAACCAUUCUUUGAUGGAAAUAUUUGGAAUGGAAGUUCCCCGCGCACCUACAUAUGAACGCAUGGACGAGCAGUCGCGCCAGCGCAAGCAGCAGAUCGAUCGCAGGGGCUUGCAAAUUUUCGAUCGCUUUUUGCCACAAACGAUUUUGUUUCGAGGCAGCCAUCGAUUCAAAGCCGGUGACCCUUUGGCAGCGAUCCUGGAGAACAUGCGAAAAGAAGGUUUCCACCCACUGACUCCUGAACUCAAAGAUUUGAUACGCAAGCAAUUGUUUCGCCCCAGAGCAAACGAUCCUCGUCUUGAUAGCAAUUUUGUUAUGCGUGACAGUGACGGUCGGCAAGUGGGCCCAACGGGUUUUUUUGCCAAUGGUGUGUUUUCGGCAAUCAAUUGGGAUCAAGUGGCUCGCCUCCAGCAGAUCACUGUUUACGAAUCGGCGCGGAGCAGCUUUGGUGUACAUGCUUUCCAGAACACGAUGGAUGGUCGCCCGCGACAGUUUGUCAGACAUUUUCCACCUGCUUUGGGACGCUCCUUCCAGCGUCGGUUUGGCCAAUGUUUGCAGAGUGUUGCCGAGGUACUGAAAUCGUUUUUGUUUGCCAAAGGGCAGGUUAUUUAUUAUGCGCAGGCAGUUGAUUUGGUGCAUCAGAAGGAAUACUUCGCUGAUCAAAGUGUACUGCGAGAGUGCUUGUCCAUUACCAAUAUGGCUUCGAAGACGUGCAAUUUGAUGGCCUUUGCACCUUUGCACGUUGGACUUCGCGUGAAGAUCACCAAAAAGUUGAUGGCACCAGAGCUCGUGCAAGAAUGCCCUGCAGAGAUCGUUGCGAUCCAUGUUCAUCCGGAAGAAAGAUACGGUAUUCCAGGCUGCCCACCUGGCUUGUCACAACCACCACUUGGACACCCGUGUUGGACCGAAGGAAUCUGCCGAUUGGACUACUUGCCUGCAAGCAUCACCAUUCGAGUUGAAGAUCGCGGAGACGAUUACACUGGUGAAGGCUUGCCUGGCAUCUGGCAUUUGGAUCCCUGCGAAGACGAAUUUCGCUUGCGAAUUCGUCGACGUGGGGAAAUUUACUUGGAUGUCACUCGAGUACAAUAUCCAUUGGCACCGUGGAACCUGCCUAUGCUGCCAGAUGGCUCUGACAUCGAUUUUGAUGUCUUCGAACAUGGCCCUCCGCAAUAUAUUGCUGACUUUUUGAAACGUUUGGAGGCGGGGCUGCUGUCGUCGGUGUUUUACAAUUGUGUUGUUUUGAAAGUUUCUAGCUGUUCGUAG